AUGAAGGUGGUGAGCAUCUUUCUUCUCACUGUCUUGGCCCUGUUCAGUUCAUCUGGCAAUGCUUCAGAUAACUCUGUAGGAACAAUGCCUAAAUGUGACAAACAAUCAGUUGGAUGUCCCAAGAUUUAUCUCCCUGUCUGUGGGACUGAUGGAAUUACUUAUUCCAAUGAAUGCAUGUUAUGUAUGGAAAAUAGGAAGCGCCAGACUCCUGUUCUCAUUCGAGCAGGUGGGAGUUGCUGA